GCCCGGCUCCCCCGCGGGGAUGCUGCGGCUGGGCUGCGGGCCGGGGCCGCUAGUGUCGGGACGCGGGCUCCGAGCCUCUGCCCGGCUCUCCUUAAGCGCCGAGAUGCCCAAGAAAGCCGGUGCGACGAACAAGGGUAAGAGCCAGAGCAAGGAGCCAGAGAGACCACUUCCUCCCUUAGGUCCUGUGGCAGUUGAUCCUAAAGGUUGUGUCACCAUAGCCAUCCAUGCCAAACCCGGGUCCAAACAAAACGCUGUCACAGACGUGACAGCGGAAGCGGUGAGUGUGGCCAUAGCAGCGCCCCCGUCAGAAGGAGAGGCUAACGCCGAGCUCUGUCGGUACCUUUCCAAGGUCCUGGAGCUCAGGAAGAGUGACGUGGUUUUGGAUAAGGGUGGUAAAUCUCGUGAAAAAGUGGUGAAGCUGUUAGCAUCCACAACUGCAGAGGAGAUCUUGGAGAAAUUAAAGCAGCAAGUUGAAAAACAAUAAAAGCAAGUUAUGAGAAGUA